UGUUUCGCUGUUAGUUUAUCUGAUAUGGCUGAGUUUGUGUAUUUCCGUUACAUCCUGGCAGUGAUAGGAUUUUAUUGUAUGGUGGUUGUAAAUCUGACAAGAUCGGACUUUAACGUGACCAUCCUUCAAAUGAUCAACAAUAGUGAUAGCUGUACUGCCGAGAAUUCUACUAAUGGAACCAUUUGUUGGAGCAAAGAGAUAGAAGAAUUACUGGUGUCGAGCUACUUCAUAGGCUACAUGUUCCAACUGCCGGGAGGACUGCUGGCCAACAUAUACGGAGCCUACUACGUGUGCGGCCUGGGAAUGUUGGUGACCAUUGUCCUGACAUUUGUCACGCCCAUAGCAGUCGCUGACUGGAGGAUUUUGUUUGCUGUGAGACUGGUCCAGGGAUUAGGAGCUGCAUCCACCCUCCCCGCCAUGACUGCGUUGUGGACCAAGUGGGCUCCCAAAAACGAGAAGAGUACCUUGUUCUCGAUAACAGGUAGCGGGCCAUUCAUCGGGGCAGCUGUAGGAGAUGUGCUGUCUGGGGCGCUUUGUGACCAGGAUAGCUUGUUUGGUGGCUACUGGCCCUCCGUCUUCAGAAUCUUCGGCAUUAUUGGCAUUCUGUGGAUUGUGUUAUGGGUGACCUUUGCAUCCAGUGACCCAGAGCAUAGCAUCUGGGCAAGCCUUGACGAGAAAGACUACAUAAACAUGAACCGUGAUCCGCUCAGAAGAAACAGCAGCAUUCCUUGGCUCUGGAUUCUUACCUCCACCAAGUGCUGGGCCAUCUAUUUUUGUCACAUUUGCAGCUACUUUGGGUACCUAACCAUGCUAGUGGGAUAUCCCCAAUAUUUCAAGGAUGUCCACAACCUUAGCAUCAAAGAACUGGGCUUCUAUUCUGCUAUUCCUAUAAUGGCCAUGUUCGUGGCGUCCAUCUUGGCAGGAAUAGUUACGGACAUGAUCCUGGAACGGAACUUAGUCAGUGUCACUGCUAUGAGGAAGAUUAACACUGCCAUCGGAAUGUAUAUUCCAGCAGUACUGAACUUCGUGCUGGCCUUCUUCCCUGAUCUGUCUGUGUGGGCUGUGAUCGUGGUCAUGUCUGUCCAGAAUGCAGCUAAUGGGUUCGUGUUGUCAGGGUUUCAGGUUAACUACAUAGAUAUUAAUCCUGACCACGCGGGUAUGACUACUGGUGUGGGGAAUAGUCUCGCUUCUACUGCUGGUGUUGUUAUCCCCAUUCUACUGUACCGGUACAAUAUGCAGCCUAAACAUUUAGACGCGCUUGAUGAUGGGAGCGUAGAAUGGAAGAACAUGUUCAUGAGUGUUGGAGCAGUGAUGAGUAUUGGUGCUACUGUUUACUGCAUUGUCGGAACAGGUAAAAGACAGCUGGAAGGGAUGGAGGGAUAUGUGGAGAUAGCAGGGACAGACAGUGGUGCUGAACAGACCACCCACAGACCCUCCACUGCUCAGUAUAGCUCCUCUGUCCUGGUAAGUGUUCCAGAUGAGAUGAUAUCCGCUCAAGAAGCACCUUGCCGGGCAAGUAUUGAUUGGUGUGAAGAGGACGCUGUGCAGACUGAACAUAUCUCUUCUGUGCAAGAUUUUGUGUCUUGUCUGAAGAUAGAUGAGGAGAGUGUCGAAGCAGCAAGGGAUCUGAUCAAGUUUGAUGACCCUAUUUGUACCGUUGAUGCUCAAGACACCGCUGAGAAAAUGGGAGGGGUUGAAGAGGAGGGAGGCGACACACCAGAAGCAAACGAUCAGGAGGAACUGAAAGACGGUCAUGAGAUGAACACGACAAAGAAAACUUGCAAGGUGUCGGAGCUAGUAAAAGCGUACGAAGUGAACGAGGUAAAUCAGAGCACAGUCGCGGAGAGAAGGGGAAUAGAAAUCACUCCCGUGCCACUUGUAUCUGCAGAGGAAUCAAGAGACCCACCAGAAGAAGAACAUACUCUUGACAAAUCACCUGAGAUCAAACCAGCUGAAGAGAUUGAGAAAACUCAACAGAUCUCCACUUCCGGACAGGCGAGCAAAGCGACUGGAUCUCCUGGUCAGGUUUUAGUUCACAGAGAGAUAGCAGGUGAGGGCCCAACAGAGGGUAAGGUCCCAACAGAGGGUGAGGUUUUAAGAGAUGAGAUCAGAUUUGCUCCUCCUGCACGUCACUAUCCACUCCACACCGACACAAGGAAAAAGAGUGGAGAGAUGGCAGAGGGAUCGGGAAAGCAGAUAUCUCAGAUUUCGCCCUAUGACAAGCCACACAAAGUGCUGCCCGUUCCGGAUUUUCAUAAUUCGGAUCAAGAUAUAGAUAAAAGUGAGGCAGAAACAGAAGUUUGUUCGGAAGAGAUGGAAAGCAGUGAAGUCGGAUCAUAUGAUGAAGAUGCACGAAGCAGCGAAACUAAAACAAACAGUCCAGCAGCAGAAACUGGGGAUUGUGAAAAUGAUACGGCUAAGUUUGUUGAAAUAGAUCUCACAGAAGGAAAUAAAAAUGACGCGGUGGACGAGGAAGAAUUAAAGGAGUCAAGAAGUUUCAGUAUCAACUCGAUGUUGGCCAAUAUGUAGUAAAGCAAUGACAAAUUAAGAGCGGAGUAGUGGUUGUCAAGCCAACAAAUUUUUAAUUGCAAUGAACCG